AUGUCUUUUGACAACUACAAGACGUCGUCGGAGCUUCCGACUCACACCGACCAGUUUAGCACUGAGCCCAACGCUCAAGCUCCCAAGCUGAAUGGUACAAACGUCAGAGAUACUCUGGUCGACAACGCAGCUGCGGCCGUGAACACCGUGCAAAACCACCCCAUCACUCAGAAUGUUGUCAAUGGUCCUGUUGCAACAUCCAUCAAGAACGAGGCUGGUGCCACUGCUUCCGAGUUCAGCGAGCUAGCCAACUCUCGUCAACCCCCGUCCUACACUGCCGCAAAUGACACACCUCUGACUCACUACCAUUCGUUCUUCUACACCUUGUUGAGCUGGAAGAACAAGAGAGCCACUGGAAUCACCUACCUCGGCCUGGUUGCCUUCAUCUUCGCCUGCCGCUACCUACCGAUCCUGCGAUACUUCCUGAAGAUUACAUGGAUGACCCUUGGCGUCGUCACCUUGGCCGAGGCCUCGAGCAAACUGGUCAUGGGCUCCAGUGUUGCAGGUGCUGUCCGUCCCCGACGCUACUACAAGAUUCCAAAGGAGACCCUCGAAGCCUCUUUGGACGACCUUGAGAACCUCAUCAACUUCUUCGUCAUUGAGGGUCAGCGCAUUGUGUUCGCCGAGAACGUUCCCGUAACCGCAGCUGCUUUCCUCUCUGCGUUCGUUACCUACUACCUCAUUAAGCUCCUCCCAUUCUGGGGCGUCGCCUUGGUUGCGGCCAAUGUCGCAUUCCUUGGUCCUCUGAUUUACCUUGAAAACCGCGAAUUGAUUGACGCCCAAUUGGAGCAUGCGGGACACAUUAUCAACCAACAGACCCAUCAAAUCAAGGACUUGACUGCGCAACACACCAGCAAGGGAUUGGAAUCUGUCAAGCAAUACACUGGCACAGCUGCCGCCAAGGCUCAAGAGGUCGUUGGAAGUGCUAGACAGAAGAUUCCCGCUCCAAGCACCGUCACUGGAAGCACCAAUUCUGCCAACACCAACAAGCCGGUGAAGGAGGCCGACUUCCCGUCUGCACCUCGCUCUGACCUUCCUGCACAAUCCGCCGCCGACCAGAAGGCCGACCUCUACUCGUCUUCUGUUGAAGAACCGAAGCAGACGAUCUAUGCCUCUGACAUUGGUAACCCAAAUGCUGAUACCUAUGCCUCUUCCGCUGGAGAGCCAAAGUCUGAGACUGAACGCCUGCUCGCAUAA